AUGCACCGGAUUAAUGCUGCAAAUACAAACACUGCAGUCACCUUGAACUACACCGGGAACUACACCGGGAACUACACCGGGAAAUACACCGGGAACUACACCCCGGGAACUACACCCCGGGAACUACACCGGGAACUACACCGGGAACUACACCCCGGGAACUACACCCCGGGAACUACACCCCGGGAACUACACCGGGAACUACACCCCGGGAACUACACCCCGGGAACUACACCGGGAACUACACCCCGGGAACUACACCGGGAACUACACCCCGGGAACUACACCCCGGGAACUACACCCCGGGAACUACACCCCGGGAACUACACUGGGAACUACCCCCCGGGAACUACACCCCGGGAACUACACCCCGGGAACUACACCCCGGGAACUACACCCCGGGAACUACACCCCGGGAACUACACCCCGGGAACUACACCGGGAACUACACCCCGGGAACUACACCCGGGAACUACACCCCGGGAACUACACCCCGGGAACUACACCCCGGGAACUACACCCCGGGAACUACACCCCGGGAACUACACCCCGGGAACUACACCCCGGGAACUACAGUGGGAACUACUCCAGGAACUACACCAGAAACUAAACCAAGAACUACAGUGGGAACUACACCCCGGGAACUUCACCGGGAACUACACCCCGGGAACUACACCCCGGGAACUACACCCCGGGAAAUACACCCCGGGAACUACACCGGGAACUACACCCCGGGAACUACACCGGGAACUACACCCCGGGAACUACACCCCGGGAACUACACCCCGGGAACUACACCGAGAACUACACCCCGGGAACUACACCCCGGGAACUACACCCCGGGAACUACAGUGGGAACUACUCCAGGAACUACACCAGAAACUAAACCAAGAACUACAGUGGGAACUACACCCCGGGAACUUCACCGGGAACUACACCCUGAACUACACCGGGGGAGGGAGGGAGAAACAAGAAACAGAAAAUACUGCAGCAGACGACAGCCGCAAUAGUUGUCCUGAUGAUGGAGUCCCUGAUGAUGGAGUCCCUGAUGAUGGAUUCCGCAUGUGUCCAGCAGCACUCGUCCAUAGCAUGUCAAUUUAG